AAGGGAACUUGGGGAACUGCGUGUCCUCUGUGUAGAAAAACACUUUGCCGUCUGGGACUGCUACACAACACACGCUCUGGUGCUCAGCUGAGCCUCUGGAUCUCUAAAGAUAAAAUCUGCAUUAUUCAUCUGCACGGUUCUUCUCACCAACAGUUAACUCCUUCUACUGUCAUUCAUCAUCGUUAGAGGAUAAACUCUUGGACAUGCGCCGAGUACUUUGCCCCUCAUUUAGGGCAGACUCGGACCCAGACCUGAAAGCACCAGUGGGUCCUGAUGGCCAGGCAGAGAAGAUGGUGAUGAGGAGGGAGAUCUCUCUUGCCAGCGGGGUGUGCCUCAUCGUGGGAAACAUGAUCGGCUCAGGGAUCUUUGUCUCGCCCAAAGGCGUUCUCCUACACAGCGCAUCUUAUGGCCUGUCGCUGCUCAUCUGGGCACUCGGGGGCUUGUUUUCUGUCUUCGGUGCCCUCUGCUAUGCUGAGCUUGGCACCACCAUUGGCAAGUCAGGUGCCAGCUACGCCUACAUUCUGGAGGCCUUUGGUGGAUUCCUGGCCUUCAUCCGCCUAUGGACUUCAAUCCUGCUAGUGGAGCCAGCGAGCCAGGCUGUCAUCUCGCUGACGUUUGCUAACUACCUGGUGGAGGCUCUGUACCCGACGUGCCAACCUCCAUACGAUGCUGUGAGAGUCAUCGCUGCUGCCUGCAUCUGUGUGCUGAUCUUUAUAAACUGUGCUUAUGUGAAGUGGGGAACUCUGGUCCAGGAUAUCUUUACCUACACCAAGAUCUUUUCCCUCAUCCUCAUCAUUGCAAUUGGCAUUAUAAAAAUAAUUCAAGGAGAGACUCAGAACUUUGAGAACCCAUUCGAGGGCUCCUCCAUGGAGGCUGGGAGCGUAGCACUCGCUCUCUACUCGGCACUGUUCUCCUACUCUGGCUGGGAUACGCUCAACUUCGUCACGGAGGAAAUUGUGAAUCCGGAAAGGAAUUUACCCCUAGCCAUUGCCAUCUCUAUGCCGAUUGUAACUAUCAUCUACCUGCUGACAAAUGUGGCGUACUACUUGGUGCUGGACAUACCUUCCUUCAUGGCCAGUGAUGCAGUCGCAGUGACUUUUGGAAAUCAGGUUCUGGGACCCAUUAGCUGGGUCAUUCCCAUUGCUGUGGCUAUGUCGUGUUACGGAGGACUGAACGCCUCCAUCAUUGCUGCCUCCAGGUUGUUCUUCGUCGGGGCAAGAGAGGGCCACCUCCCAGACAGCCUGGCUCUGAUCCAUGCUAACCGCUACACUCCUGUCCCCGCACUACUCUUCAAUGGUGUCAUGGGACUGAUCUUUUUGUGUGUGGAAGAUGUAUUCCUGCUAAUCAAUUACUUCAGCUUCAGCUACUGGCUGUAUGUAGGAUUAUCUGUGGCGGGACUCAUCUACCUUCGCUUCACACAGCCAGACAGACACAGACCUGUGAAGCUUACACUGCUCAUUCCCUUCAUCUAUUGCUUGUGCAGUCUUUUCUUGGUCAUCGUGCCCCUCUAUAGUGACACAAUCAAUUCCCUCAUAGGAGUAGCCAUUGCACUGUCUGGUGUACCGGUGUACUACUUCUGCAUUUACCUGCCUGAGGAGAAGAGGCCGAAAUGGUUCAGUCAGCUCAAUGCCGCCAUCACCAAAUACACCCAGAUCGUGUGUUACUGCUGUCUAACUGACCUCGAUGUGGAGCCAGAGAAGUUGGCUGAGAACAAGACUCAGUGAUCUACGAAAACCAGCACACAGAAUGAGUUCUCUACUUAAAGACACCAUCGAUUUUUUAAUGUUUGAAGUGGACGUGAACGUUGGCACCAUGGUGACUUUCUUAAAAGAACAAUGAUGUCCAGUGAGGUGCUGUAAAAUUUGUACGUAUCAGUCAUUUAUUUUCUGCAUACACCAUGUCUUCUUUCAACUUGUACUGUAUGUUUGAAGUACUGUACCAAGAGUGACAUGAAGAGAAAAUGUAAUCUGUUUUAUCUUUAUUUUUUAUAAGAUUGUGAUGACAUUAUGGUGCACUUUUGAUAAAUGUUUCUUCAAAAUC